GGCGUAUAUUAGCAGAUGAUGCACGUCAAUUAUUGGUAGUCAUCCUUGGCUCUUCAGUGACACCCCCUAUUGCUCUUCUCGACUCGAAAGUUCCGCUGAUCACUAUACUUGUUUUGCCUUAUCUACCAGCCUCUAUUGAUCAAUGUCGUUCUCUGAGCGCUUAACUCAUCCACUACGAGUAACCCUAGCAAUUUCCUCGCUGAUCUUUGAAAGAGAUGUUCAAGAAGAUACUAUUUGACCCUAUAACGACUGACCUUAUGCCCCCUUUUCUGGAGGCCUCGUCUGUGACAAAUAUAGUCGAUUGUAUUAAUCUAGGUUGCAUCAAUUUUUCAAUCAUAGUGUACACCUAUAUUGCAAGCGGCGUUUUCGUGCAACAAACACAGAGCGAUUGUUAUCCUCGCCUCUACUAGGAGACACUGCAUUGCUUGGGCAAUUCAGAGAUUCUCGUCUUCCCAGACAAAAAUUCUAUGACAAUUGAUGUGCGACACCUUGGCUUCAUCCCACUUGCUGAUACGGCUAAUGCUGGACAUGCAGAUAACACUGAGAUAUCGUUAACUUGCGCCCUUCAGCCAGCUACGGUGUAAAGGUUCAACUAUGCGGUUGUGGUGUCCCUAGAUAGCUCUCCAUUGUCGCCGGGCUUAAGUUUCCCACCAUGGAAUUAUCGAUUCAUCCUCGUCUUGUAACACUAUUGGUGUGAAACAAGCGGCUUGAAUAUUUUUUAUUUCUUGGGUACGUUGCCAAGCACCAAAUUAUCAAUAUCGGCAGGGGAACAAUGAUACAGCUGCUCGCGAGAACUGAUGGUAAGAAGUCUGGUUACGCAAGAUAGGCCAGGUAGUAUCGAUCAAGUCCUGUGGUCGAUGACUUUUGUUGUAAUUGAAUUGCUGUUUCGGGCCUGAACUUGAUAUAAUGAUAUAUGAAGUCAAUAGGAUCGUUAUGUAAUAGUGCCAUUGUACUAGGC